UUUGAACUAGUUGAAGCUUCUGAAUAUUCUUUAAGGGCAGCCCUGUGUAGAACACAUUGCAGUAAUCCAUAUAAGAGGUGAUUAAAGCAUAAAAGCUUAUUGCACCAUAAUAAUUUCAAGGCUCAGUGAACCUAUCGGCACUCUUGAGGAUAGAUUCACACUCUAGAUUAGAGGAAAAUGGGACAAGACAGUUUACAUUUGGUCUGUUAAGGGAAAACAGACAAGAUGUCUGAACCAGGCCAUUGCCUAAGCUGUAAUAUAGUCUGCGUAGAGAACGUAAUGUGUCUGUGCAUGCAUCAAUUGUGCUUUUCUAAUCCAAUAUUGUGUAAACAGCCUGGGAGUCUCCAAUCCUGAAAAAGGGCCUGAAGGGCUACAUAUUGCCCCCUCGUACAUGAAGGAACCCUGUUUUAAGCUCAUUGUCAGAGUAAGCUGUAGAUCGGUGAUCAUCCGCACUCAAUCUUGUUGGGGCUUGCUCACAUGUCCACACUUAUCUGCUGGGCCUCCAGAUCAGUUCCCCAAUCUGAGAGACGGUUUCCGUCGCUUGCUGAAGCUGAAAUCUGGAAGGAUAUUAAUGUGGUGCAAGAGCUUGGUGUCUCUGGAGAUCGUCUUCAGUCUGCUGGGCAAAGGACAUCUUCCUUUUGGCAAAAAAGCUUCAGAAAAAUAUCUGCACCUUCCUGAGCAGUGACAAGAGCUGAGGGCAUCCACAGGCCAUGGGAAAGGCCUCCUGUGGGACAGCUGCCUGCUUGAUGCUCUGGGCUCGAUUCUUCCUUAUCUUGGCAACGGAACAAACAGCAGAUGCUGCCAGCCAAGUACAGUGUCUCAACAAUUACGGUUUUCAGGGACGCAAAGUGGACUGCCAAUGGCACCGUCCCCAGGCUUUGGAAGGAACGCUAUUCUACCUCAAUUUCUCUGAUGCCCUCGGCCUCUCCAGUGACCUCCUCUGCCCGCUGUCCGCCUCCCCUGGCACCCCAGGUCAUUUCAACUGUUCAGCAUACAGCGAGGAAGGCGAGUUCACAGAAAACGAUGAGUACAAAGUGGUUCUUCACGCCAGCUCCUUGGGAGAAAACUACACCGACCUGAUCUUCGUGAAGUAUACGCCCAGACUACACAUUGCGUGCGACCCACCCUUUGAUCUCCAGAGCAAGUGCAGUGAUAACAAAUGCUGGGUCCACUGGAAGAGGCCAGAGGCCUAUGAGGAGAUUUUGGAGGACUGGCAGUGGGAACUGGCAUUCAAGGCGGUUCAAGAACCCUGGGAGCAAGCACAGAGAAGGGUCUUCAUCAGCUCGGAAACCUGGAUGCACAUAGAAGGCUUUGAGUUCAAGAGGCACAGAGAUUACGUUGCAAGAAUGCGCUGCAAAACACCAGAGGAGAACCCUCACUAUGGAAGCCACUGGAGUGCAUGGAGUUCCUGUGUCACCUGGACAGCUCACACAGGUGACUGGCAGCAGCUUGAUGCUCCCAUCUACUGCCUGCUCUGCCUUGGCACGCUCCUGCUCCUGCUGGCUCUGGCCUUCGCCAUCUUUAAGAGGGCGCAGAGCAGCUGUGUGGGCAGCAUCCCCACGCCGGCUGCCUUCUUCCAGCCUCUGCACCUGGCUCGCCGCGGGGAUGUCAAGGGCUGGGCCGGGCUGGCCCCAGCGGAGGAGGCGGUGGCGCUUUCUCCACUCUCCUUCCUGCAGCCAUCCUCCGGCGCCGGGUUGGGGCCAGCCAAGCUGAGUACAUGGGGCGAAGAGCUUCAGGGGACCCCGCAGGAGCCCGAAUGCCUGCCUGGCGAUUACUGCAUCCUCGGUGGGGCACAGGAAGGGGUAGCCCCGGUGCCCACCGCCUGGACUGCAGCUGCCCCCGGUGCCCGCUCGGGAGCUCCGCCUGGCUCGCUUUCCCUCUGUGAUCAAGGCCGAGCUGAGGAGCUGCCUGGGAGCCGGCCCAGCGCCCUUGCUGCUUUGGGCAGGCUGGGCCGGGACUGCGCCCCAAGUGGGGAGGGUGACGAGGCAUGGCCCCUCUUCGUGUGAGGCUCCAGAGCAACAGAAAGCACGGAAUUGGAAAUCUGGCCCGUGAACAUCCAUGGAAGACGAUUUGGGCAUCAGUGCAUCACACGCCUUCAGGACUUGGCUAACGGAAAAGUAGAAUUCUUGUUAAAUAAACCUACAUAUUAGUGAUGUAAUCGUACAAUGGAGCUGCGUAUAUAUUGUAAGAAUAGUUUUGUUCAGUGCGUUUGCUUUCUCUCCUUUGCUCUGUUUUUGCAUAUAAUAAAAUAAAAACAUGGGGGGGCAAUGAUUGAGAGAAAUUUCUUGACUGAGUAACCGGGCCAUGCUGCAGCGGGAGCUGGCCCGCCUGCUGCCUUUGCCAGGUGAAGAAAAGGUAAGCCACCAAGAAUCAGAUGCUGCAGGAAGAAGCUGCCAGAAAUCAAGAGAGUGGUAGCAUCUUUGCAACUAACACCUUUGAUUUAAAGGCAGAGCCUUUUGUCAGCCAGCCCACCAAGUAGCUAAAAGAUAUAAACUGGGAUGAGGUGGGAGUUGGAGGUGAGAGAUUUUGUCAAAGGUCAUCAACAAACAUGAUGUCUCACAUAUGAUAUGUUGCAACCAAUUCAAAUAACAAUGAUUUCAAACCACAAAGAAAUCCAAAAUAACUUUGAAAAUAUAAACCAAUUCAUCUCCAAUUUAACUUUACAACAAAAAAAAUCCCAGGAAACAACAACAUAGAAGGAACAGAUGAAACAGACAAUACAAAUUUGAGGAUAGAGACUUAAAGAUGGAACCUAACAAAACAAAGAAGUAUGAUUUAACCCAAGUGGAAAUUGUUUUACAAUAAAUACUGGAUUUGGAAAAGACAACUUUAACACCAAAAAACAAAUUUGAGGAUAAGAAAAAAGAUUGGACAAAAAGGACUGCAGAGAUGCCUGGAAAAACACUAGAACUGGAGAGACAAAAAAUGAUAAGAGAAGCAGAGAGAAAAAGAAAAAAAAAGAUUUUCAACAAAAAUGAACGGGCAAAUGCCUCUCACAAAGAUAUUGUACUUGAUUUACCUUU